AUGCCAGCCUCGAAGAUCCUCCUCCUCAACGGCCCCAAUCUCAACCUCCUGGGCACCCGUGAACCCACCAUCUACGGCUCAGACACCCUCUCCGACAUCGAAUGCCGUGCAAGCGCCCAGGCCUCCGCCGCGGGCGUCACCCUCUCCUCUUUCCAGACGAACGGGGAAGGGGCGCUGGUGGACCGGAUCCACCAGGCCCGGACAGAAGGGGUAGAUGCCAUCGUGAUCAACCCGGCGGCAUUCACGCACUAUAGUAUCGCGCUGAGAGACGCGCUGUUGGGGGUCGACAUCCCGUUUGUGGAGGUGCACAUCAGCAAUGUGCAUGCGCGGGAGGAGUUUAGGAAUAGGAGCUGCUUGAGCGAUAAGGCGGUGGGUGUCGUGUGCGGGCUGGGGACGUACGGGUAUCAGGUUGCGAUGGGUUAUUGUUUGGAGCAUUUGAAGACCAAGGCGAAGCUGUGA